UGUUCCUUUUGCUUCAUACAACGUGAAGUCGAAGACGUAUUGUCUGCAUAAUUCGACUUUUCAAAUUAGUUUCUUAAAUUAGUUUCUGUGAAAAAGUUGCUUAAUUAAUUAAAAGAAUAAUUGAAGUCUGAAAAUUAAAAAAAAUAUGAAAAGUUCCAUAGUUCGUGCUUACGCUUUUCGUUUGAAAUUAGGACAGAGCUCACAGUUGUCAACACAAGCUUCUAACGCUGCUGCUUCUUCUUCUUCAAGUGCGUUUGUCUCAACAACGCCUGAUCGGAUCGUUACACGUUCUGCUACUAUGAUGGCUAUAGUUGGUAUUGGUUUGUCGUCGUUCAGCCUCAAACAAAUGCUAUCCAACAAUAAUGGUCCUAAACCCAGAUUGUUGGGAUCCAAAUAUUAAACCACUUUAACUCUAUUUGAAGAAAUGCAGUUUCCAAUAAAGCAACAACAUAGCAUAGCAACACAAAACCAAAACCAAAAAUGAAACGAAAUUAAAAUAAAAAAAAAAAAUAAAAGAAUAGGAACCGGAUCUGAUGAUGUCAUUUUACUUUCAAACAAAUUGGAAAUCAUACUGCGAACAAAAACUAUAAAAACAACAACUGAAUUCUUGGGAUAAGCGAAUUGUAUUUGAUGAAGACUGGAAGUGACAAAAACGUUGAGACUCAACAUGAAUUUACGAAAUGGGGAAAGCCAAAUGAGUGAAGCAGUUAUUUUUAUUGCCUUCUUAAGUCAUUAAAAGCAAAAAAAUUAAUGUUAUAUAUUUAAGUUAGUUCAUCGUUUAAGCUCAACUAAUAAUUCUCAUAUAGUUUAUAAUUGUCUAUGUAUUGUAUGUAGUUAUGUAUUUUAAGGGGGCCAAAAGCACACUCAUGCAGCACACAAGUAUCCACUAAGUAUGCCCUCCACUGCACUUCACAAUUAUUUUACCAAAUAUAAUUUGCUUUCCCUCGCUUAGUAGUUAAAAAUAAAAAUAAUUUAAAGAUAAAAAAAAAA